CUGGUUUCCCUGAGAAUUUUGCAGUCAGAAAAAUAAUCUCCUGGCCUAUUUCAGUGACUGCGAGAAUAAACUUAGAGCACAGCCUCUGUGUCCUCCUGCUGCCUAAUGCAGAGUUAUCCACGUUUACCUGAUCACAGAACCACCUGAGACACCCCUCCCCUGGGGAGUCUGAUUUUUUUGAAGAGGGAACCAGGUGCCAGCGGUUUUAACAGGAGCCCGGAUGACCGUCCCGUUCAGAAACUCUCAGCGUGGACCAGGGACCCUUUGUCACAAGGAGCAAUGCUGCCACGAUGGGAACUGUCGUUUUACCUGUUUGCUUCCCUCGGCUUCCACUUCUAUUCUUUCUACGAAGUUUACAAAGUCUCCAGAGAACAUGAAGAGGAACUGGACCAAGAAUUUGACCUGGAGACUGGCACUUUAUUUGGAGGAUUAAAGAAGGACCCAACCGACUUUGAGUGGAGCUUCUGGAUGGAGUGGGGGAAGCAGCGGCUGGCGUGGCUUCUGCUUGGCCACGUGGGUGUGUCUCAAGUAGCCAACCUGUUUGCAAGGAAGCACAAACCCUGGAUCCUUGCAGCCUAUGGGAUGUGGGCCUGCCGGUGUGUGCUGGGGACCCAAGGCAUGGCCAUGGUUCUCAUUCACACCACCAUCUCCUUCUGCGUUGCCCAGUUCCGGUCGCUGAUCCUAUCAUGGCUCUGUUCUCUCUUUCUGCUGUCUACACUGAGGUUGCAAGAUGUGGAGGAAGUUAAGAGAGGGUGGUACCAGACGGAAAACGAGUACUACUUGCUGCAGUUCACGCUGACCGUUCGCUGCCUGUACUACACCAGCUUUAGCCUGGAGCUCUGCUGGCAGCAGCCGCCCACUGAGCGCACCUCCUACUCCUUUCCCUGGAUGGUGGCCUAUGUCUUCUACUAUCCAGUCUUCCACAAUGGGCCCAUCCUCAGCUUCCCGGAGUUCAUCGCACAGAUGCAGCAGCAGGAGCAGGGCUCGCCGAAGGCCAGCCUUUCCGUCCUUGUCUUGGGGCUGGGCCGCCUCCUCUUCUGUUGGUGGCUGGCGGAGCUGAUGGUUCAUCUUAUGUACAUGCACGCCAUCUACAGCAGCACCUCCCUCCUGAGGGCCGUCUCGUGCUGGACCUUAGGAGGACUGGCGUUGGCCCAAGUGCUCUUCUUCUAUGUGAAGUACUUGGUGCUCUUUGGUGUCCCAGCUCUGCUCAUGCGCCUGGAUGGACUCACGCCGCCGCCCCUCCCUCGCUGUGUGAGCACCAUGUUCAGUUUCACGGGGAUGUGGAGGUAUUUCGACGUUGGACUACAUGAUUUCUUAGUUAGGUAUGUGUACAUUCCAGCGGGCGGGUCCCAGCAUGGCCUGCUGGGGACACUCUUUUCCACUGCGAUGACUUUUGCAUUUGUGAGUUUCUGGCAUGGCGGGAAUGACUACCUCUGGUGCUGGGCAACACUCAACUGGCUGGGAGUCACCGUGGAGAACGGAGUCCAGAGGCUUGUGCAGAUGCCACGCGUCCAGGACAGCUUGGCCCAGUUCCUCUCCCCACAAGCUCGCCGUCGAUUCCACGCUGCCCUUGCAUCCUGUUCCACCUCCAUGCUGAUCCUGUCCAACCUGGUGUUUCUCGGGGGCAAUCAAGUUGGGAAAAUCUACUGGAAUAGGAUCUUCAUACAAGGCUGGCCGUGUGUGACCCUCUCUGUCCUGGGAUUCCUGUACUGCUACUCCCACGUAGGCAUUGCCUGGGCCCAGAAAUACUCUGUAAACUAAUACGUCCAGGCCCAGGCCAGCCCUUGUUGCUGGUUUCCAAGGCAGAUGGUGCUUCACCUUGACCUUGCACCUCAGGGUAACCUCCAGGGGACCAGUGCUUGAUCUGCUCAUCUUUUGUUGAACUUACCUCACUCCAAGACUGGAAACUUGAGCUUUCAUAACUUUGGGAACUUAAGAGAUCAUCUUCCCAGCCCCAUCAUUUUUCUGUUGAGUAAGCUGGAGUCCAAAGCAGUGAAAUGUCUUGCCUAGCUGCACAUGAUGACUUUGUGGUCCCAAGGGCCUUUCAGGUUCUCCUUUACCAAGAAUUAAAGGUAAUAGGUAUUUAUUGAUUGAGGCACA